AUGAUUCCAAUAUGCAAUUGGAAAUUUUCGCACAGUGAUUACGAUCAAAUGGAAUCUAAAUCUCAGGUAGGCUAUGAGGAAAUGGCCAUCGGGCGGGGACUUCAAGUUGCUUUGCACUUGGCUGUAAUCAAAGGAAGCCUACUUGCGCGUGAUAUUUUUCACUUCGGCCUUAUCAUCGUCAAACCUUGUCCGCAGGAUGGGGAUCACGGAAGCCUGAUCGCACGAUGGGACUUGACGUCGUUGCACAAGGAUGAAUGCGGUUUUUCAUCUCCUCUCAUCGUUCGACAUCCUCAAUCGAAUGCCAUAUUUGCAUUACUUAAAUCAAUAAAAUACCAAUUGCUCCACCCUCAAACCAACGAUAACUAUCCCCUUGAUAUUAUUCCAUCCCACAAAACCGCUCUCACAACCACCGAAACUACUUCAGCCGCAAUAAUGCACUUCCUUAAAGCAACCGCAUUCCUCCUGGCUGCUUUGAGCAUGCAAACAGUCUCCGCCAUCCCAGCUAGAAAUGGCUACUCCAGCACCCCAGAUUGCCCAGUUGGCCGAAGCUCCUGCAAACCCGGUGAGAGCGGAGUCCUACGCGUGCCCGAGAUGCGCGCCAUGGUCGACGGCAAACCCAGCGAAAAGAUCGGACAUUACAUCAAACUUAGCAAGGCCGGAGACAAGAAACACGAUCAGCAAAUGACUUUCGAUGUACCCAAGGGAGCCAAGCACUGCGCCAUCAGAUGGGAUCAGGGCGAGAAGCGCAAGUUUGUCGUAAAGGAUUCUGGAUUAGUUAGUAUCUAUCCGACAGAGCCUUCUGGGGCGGAGAGUGUUGGUUCUGCGGAUUUCACCAACUGGCCACAACAUAAGGGGUACGUGUCACACCUUGUCACCUCGGUAGAGUGUCAGGAGAAGCUGAGCCUUCUUCUUUCUCUGGACUAUGAUGGGAGUGUCAAAAUGGAGCAGGAUGCUACCAAUGGUUGGUAUAUGGAAUAUACCUGCUAAGGGGCUCUUUCUCUGAUGGACGCAUGCGCAAUGACGGGAUAUAGCUGUGGGCUUUUUUUCCUUCCCUUUUUAUUCUGUCCUGUUUUGAUUUACGUCGUUGAAUCCGGAGUUGUUUGGCUUCAUUGAUUUUCGUACUUGUAUCUAGAU